AUGGAUCAAAUGGAACGGGUCUUGGGAAGUAUGGUCACCCUUAUGCGAGGAACACAACCAGUGGGUCAGGUUAUCCCUCGAAAUCCUAAUGUUAGCGACAAGUUCCAGCGGUUGAACCCGCCUAUUUUUCGAGGAAAGGCAGGGACCAAUCCCUGUGAAAGUGAGUUUUGGCUGGAGCAGAUCGAAAAGAUCUUUGACUUUAUUGGCUGUGAGGAGGAGGACAAAGUUGGUUGUGCAACAUUCAUGCUUCGUGAUGAAGCUGACCAGUGGUGGAAAACGAUGCAGAGGACCCUACAAGGUCUUGAAGGACAAGGUACGCCAGUUACUACGUGGGUGCAGUUUAAGGAACUUUUUAAUACGAAAUACUUUCCUUUGUGUAAGAAAAUGGAGAAAGGUCGGGAGUUCAUGAAUCUAAAACAAACUGGGGACAUGUCCAUCACCUAA